UUCAUCUGUCAAAUUCCGAAAAGUCAAAACAAUGUCAAAAUGGCACCAACAAUUUGAAAGAUCUGUGCCUCCAUUUAUGUUAUUUUUAUCAAUUUAUCGUCAUUAUUCGUAGCAGUUUUACCAUGAGUGGAAGGCAGAGCUGCUACGCCGCUUUUUUUUCGGAGUUCUCGGCGAGAGCCGAGAACAAGAUUUUGAGUUUUUCUGAAAAAGCGCGUAAGGCUGGAGCCGAAUGGCGGUCCAUGGACGUAACGGAAAAACAAAAGUACAAAUCGCCGCCCUUUGCAGACACCACAGACUUCGUACACUUACUCCCGAAGGACGAGAGUCUGGAGCUCGUCAAACUGCAGCUGGUUUGCGCGAACUGCGGACGCACCUUUAAGGAGUCGUUUCGUCUCAGGUACCAUUUGAGCAAGUGCGGUGAAGUUAAGUGCGACCUCUGUGAUAAAAUUCUUAAAAAUGAAGACACCCUUAAAAAACACGUGCGGUUUGUGCACUCCAAGGAGAAGUUGUUUAAUUGCCCCACGUGCGAGAAGGGGUUUUCGUGUAGGGCUGACUUAAGGGCGCACUAUAAUAUACAUAGGGGGGUGAGGUUCACUUGUGAUACUUGUAAUCAGACGUUUUCAAAUACUUCCAACUUGGCAAGGCAUUGUAAGAAGUAUGUACAUUAGUGUAAAUAAAUCUAGUAACGACGAA